UGUGUAUGGUGCUGGUGGUGGAGGAGCUGAGAGGCGGGUGAGGAGCGUGUUUCUCACUUUUUAUCCCCACACGCUUCAGAGCAUGGCUCAGUAUUCAGUCCUGCCCAUUCAUUGAAGAGCGGCUUCUGACUUCACUGAACCCCGCGGGGAGUGACCUGCACACUCGGCUUGACAGGGAGGACUCUGAGAUACAGGAGAAAAACUACAACAGCAGAAUCUGCUGCUGAGAGACUGUGAGCUGCUGAAGCCGCGAGAGCUUCACUAACCUUAUUAUUAUUAACUGUAACGUUAUUUGUGGAGUUUGAGAGUAAACAGCGCGUGGAGUGACGUAGCUGAAGCCCAGAGACGGUUGGCCGCCCUGAGGAGUGAGAGAGAGAGACUGGAGAGAGUGAAUUCGGAUUAAACAACACACUUUUUCGUGUAACAUCUGUUGAAUGAAUGCGGUCUUAUAGAGAAAGACACCCGCCAAGGAUUGAGAGCACAGUUGUGGAGAAAGGAAGGAGGAGUUGAGUGACUGACUUCAGCUUUGUGGCUUUAAGGCGGUGGGCAGUGACGGUGUGAGGGUCAUGAUGGAGAGUGCCCUGACAGCCAGGGAUCGGGUGGGGGUGCAGGACUUUGUCCUGCUGGAGAAUCACACCAGCGAGGUGGCCUUCAUUGAGAACCUGCGCAAACGCUUCAAAGAGAACCUCAUCUAUACAUAUAUUGGUUCAGUGCUGGUGUCUGUGAAUCCAUAUAAGGACCUAGAGAUCUACACCAAGCAGCAUAUGGAGCGAUACAGGGGUGUUAACUUUUACGAAGUGUCCCCUCACAUUUAUGCUGUGUCUGAUAAUGCGUAUCGCUCCAUGCGGACGGAGAGGCGGGACCAGUGCAUCCUAAUCUCAGGGGAGAGUGGUGCUGGGAAGACGGAGGCAUCUAAGAAGGUCCUGCAGUACUACGCCGUCACCUGUCCUGCCAGUGAUCAAGUGCAGACUGUGAAAGACCGCCUACUGCAGUCCAACCCUGUCCUGGAGGCCUUUGGAAAUGCCAAAACACUGCGUAAUGACAACUCCAGCCGAUUUGGUAAAUACAUGGACAUUCAGUUUGACUUCAAGGGUGCUCCAGUGGGAGGACACAUUCUGAACUACCUGCUAGAGAAAUCUCGAGUGGUACACCAGAGCCAUGGGGAGAGAAACUUCCACAUCUUCUAUCAGCUGAUAGAGGGAGGAGAAGAAGACCUGCUGAGAAGACUGGGCCUAGAAAGGAAUACACAGCAGUACCAGUACCUCAUCAAGGGAAAUUGUCCUAAAGUGAGCUCCAUUAAUGACCGCAGUGACUGGAAGGCAGUGAGGAAAGCCCUGACUGUGAUUGGAUUCAGUGAGGAUGAAGUGGAGGAGCUGCUGAACAUUAUUGCCAGUGUGCUUCACUUGGGGAAUGUGCAGUUCGGAGGGGAGGACAGUGGCAAUGCCUACAUUACAACCGACACCCAGAUUAAAUACUUAGCCAGGUUGAUAGGUGUGGAUAGCUCAGUUCUGAAAGAGGCUCUGACACAUAAGAAGAUUACAGCCAAAGGAGAAGAGCUCAUGAGCCCACUCAACCAGGAGCAGGCUUCCUCAGCACGAGAUGCUUUAUCUAAAGCCAUAUACGGCCGCACCUUUACCUGGCUAGUCAACAAAAUCAACGACUCUCUUGCCUACCAGGAUGACGCCUACAGCAGUAAGAAUACCUCUGUCAUUGGCCUGUUGGAUAUCUAUGGUUUUGAAGUCUUUCAGAACAACAGUUUUGAACAGUUCUGCAUUAACUACUGCAACGAGAAGCUGCAGCAACUCUUCAUCGAGCUGACCCUGAAAUCAGAACAAGAGGAGUACGAAGCCGAGGGAAUCACGUGGGAGCCUGUGCAAUAUUUCAAUAACAAGAUUAUUUGUGAUCUUGUGGAGGAGAAGUUCAAAGGCAUCAUCUCGAUCUUGGAUGAGGAAUGCCUCAGGCCGGGAGAUGCCAGUGACAUCACUUUUCUGCAGAAGCUGGAAGACACCGUGGGAGGCCAUGCUCACUUCUUAACUCAUAAGCUGGCUGAUGGAAAGACCCGGAAAGUGAUGGGCCGAGACGAGUUCAGGCUGCUGCAUUAUGCAGGAGAAGUCAACUACAAUGUGAAUGGCUUUCUGGACAAGAACAAUGACCUCCUCUUCAGAAAUUUGAAGGAGGUUAUGUGCAUGUCAGAAAACAAGAUUCUCACACAGUGUUUUGACCGGGAAGAGCUAACAGACAAGAAACGACCAGAAACGACGGCUACCCAGUUUAAGACUAGCUUGACCAAGUUGAUGGAAAUCCUGAUGUCCAAGGAACCGUCAUACGUGCGCUGCAUGAAACCCAACGAUGCCAAGCAGGCUGGGCGUUUUGAUGAAGUUCUGAUCAGGCACCAGGUGAAGUAUCUGGGGCUGAUGGAGAAUCUCCGAGUGAGGAGAGCUGGCUUUGCCUACCGCCGCCGCUACGAGAUCUUCCUCCAGAGGUAUAAGUCUCUAUGUCCAGACACCUGGCCCAACUGGGAUGGCCGUUUGGUUGAUGGAGUUUCCACACUUGUCAAGCAUCUUGGCUACAAGCCUGAGGAGUACAAACUUGGCAGGUCCAAAAUCUUCAUCCGUUUCCCAAAGACCUUGUUUGCAACAGAAGAUGCCUUAGAAGUCAGAAAACACAGUCUCGCAACCCAACUUCAGUCAUCCUGGAAAGGCUACAGUCAGAAAUCCAAAUACCGCAAACUCAGACACUCAGCCAUCCUGAUCCAGGCCUGGUGGAGAGGUAUUCUGGCCCGCAGGAGAGCACAACGCAGGAGACAAGCAGCUGACACCAUUCGCAGGUUCAUCAAAGGAUUCAUGUACCGUCACCAGCCCCGCUGUCCUGAGAAUGAGUACUUCCUUGACUAUGUCCGCUACUCCUUCCUGAUGAAGCUGCACAGGAACUUACCUAAAACUGUUCUGGACAAGAGCUGGCCCACACCGCCACCUGCCCUCACUGAGGCAUCAGAGCACCUCCGCAAGCUGUGCAUGCAGAACAUGGUGUGGAAGUACUGCAAGAACAUCAGCCCAGAGUGGAAGCAUCAGAUGGAGCAAAAGUGUGUGGCCAGUGAAAUCUUCAAGGACAAAAAAGACAACUACCCUCAGAGUGUCCCCAAGCUGUUUGUGGGAACAAGGCUGAAUGGAGAGGACAUCAAUCCCAAAGUGCUUCAGACUCUGGGCAGUGAGAAGAUGAAGUAUGCUGUCCCAGUCAUUAAAUAUGACCGAAAAGGAUACAAAGCUCGUGCUCGGCAGCUUCUGCUUACCAGCAAUAGUGUAGUGAUAGUGGAGGAUGCCAAGUUGAAGCAGCGAAUUGAUUACAGUGCUCUGAAAGGGAUCUCUGUCAGCUCGCUCAGUGAUGGGAUGUUUGUCCUCCACGUUCUCUGUGAAGACAAUAAGCAGAAGGGUGAUGUAGUGCUUCAGAGCGAUCAUGUGAUCGAGACCUUAACUAAAGCUGCAAUCUGUGCCGAGAAGAUCAACAACAUCAACAUCAACCAGGGAAGCAUAACGUUCACAGUGGGACAAGGAAAAGAAGGGAUUAUUGACUUCAUAUCUGGCUCUGAGCUGCUGAUUGCCAAGGCUAAGAAUGGGCACCUUUCUGUGACUGCCCCUCGCCUCAACUCAAGAUGAUCGACUCUUUAUGACCAAUCACUUCCAGCAUCCUUAACGGAUGUCCUUCCAGAUACACUCUCCAUCACACCAAUCAAGCAACUGCAGGCGGAGCCUUGCUCUGUCAGUAAAAGACGCCAGCCAGCUGCACCAAAGGCUUAGCUUUCAGUAGGGAAAGUCCUGCUAACUAAUUGAUAUUUAUGUUUAUAUGUUUCGGGGAGUUUAAUACUGUUAUAUGAAUAUGAUGAUUUUAUAUUUUGAAGCCAAGGAAUAACAAUAAUAUGCAGGUGCACAGUUCUGUA